AAAACACGAAGCUCUCCGAGACUGUUUAUCACUUUUCUCCUUCCUCAAGCAAAGCAUAACACAACACGGAGGUGAUACUCGAAACCUAACUCAGUGAGUUCGUCCGCCAUGGAAGCUCAAGAAGGAAAUCAGCAGCCUCAACUGGUGCUCGCGCACAAGCUCUUCCUGCUAUCGCAUCCCGAUGUACAGGACAUCGAGAAAGUCCGCCUCCGAGAGGAGGUUUUCGCCUCCGUCAAGGCCGACGAUAUGGCUCCGCUGUACGAAACCCUAGUGGCCGAGGUGAUUCUGGAUCUGGAUCAGGGCGUGUUGGACUCAAUGCGCGCGAAGAUCGAGGAGGAGCUCAAGAAGCUCGACGAGAAGAUUGCUGAUGCCGAAGAGAACUUGGGUGAAAGUGAAGUUAGAGAAGCUCAUUUAGCCAAAUCCUUGUUUUUCAUUCGAAUUGCUGACAAGGAGAAAGCAUUGGAACAGCUGAAAGUAACAGAAAGCAAAACUGUUGCAGUUGGACAAAAGAUGGACUUAGUGUUCUACACGCUGCAACUUGGUUUCUUCUACAUGGAUUUUGAUCUUAUUUCUAAAAGCAUUGACAAAGCAAAGAGCUUGUUUGAAGAGGGAGGUGAUUGGGAAAGGAAGAAUCGUUUGAAGGUAUAUGAAGGCUUGUAUUACAUGUCUACACGGAAUUUUAAGAAGGCAGCCAAGUUGUUCUUGGAUUCAAUUUCUACAUUCACGACUUAUGAACUUUUCCCGUAUGAUACUUUCAUAUUCUAUACCGUCCUUACAAGCAUCAUAUCAUUGGAUAGAGUUUCUCUAAAACAAAAGGUGGUAGAUGCACCUGAGAUCCUGGCAGUGAUUGGAAAAGUGCCGUACCUUUCUGAUUUUUUGAACUCCCUAUAUGACUGUCAGUACAAAUCGUUUUUUACAGCAUUUGCUGGCCUGACUGAGCAAAUAAAAUUGGAUCGCUAUCUGCAUCCACAUUUCCGGUACUACAUGAGGGAGGUCAGAACUGUGGUUUAUUCUCAGUUUUUGGAAUCCUAUAAGAGUGUCACCAUUGAAGCAAUGGCAAAGGCAUUUGGUGUGACGGUGGAGUUCAUUGAUUUGGAGCUGUCUCGAUUCAUCGCAGCAGGAAAGCUGCACUGCAAGAUUGACAAAGUUGCAGGUGUUCUUGAAACUAACCGACCUGAUGCAAAGAAUGCCUUGUACCAAGCAACCAUCAAGCAAGGAGACUUCUUGUUAAACCGGAUCCAAAAACUAUCCCGGGUGAUUGAUUUGUAGGUAGGGUCUACUGCAAUUUGCAAUUCAUUGCAACAGUUGGUAAUCAAAAAGAACUGGAGUAUAGAACUUGGAUUUUCAAUUAUCUAAAUAUUGAUUGAAUUGUAUUUUGCCUUGUUUGUCAUGAAUUAGUAUAUUGGAUUUCUUCCUUUUGCUUUUAUUCUGUUUUGCACUUUCUCAUAAACUUUCAUUUUUGAGUGCCUGUGUUUUCCGAGGGAUAAAUGCAUUCGAGGAUGACAUCAAAUCCAUGUAUUUUUCAUGACUCGAAUAUGAAGUAAAACAAGGCUGUUCUACUUGAACAA